GCCCGGGACUGCAUCAUUCUGCACUGGCUGCAGCACAGCCAGAGGGAGCAGGUGGAGCAAGCGAGAGGAGAGCCCGAGCGUGCGGGGUCGGGAAGACUGCAGUGACGCUGCCUGGGAGACAUGGCGGCCGGCGCCUCUGAAUAAGCAGAAUACCGAGCCCCUCGCCGCCCUGGCCACCGCAGCCAGGGCCAUGCCGCAUGGCCACUGACCACACACAGGGGCCGGCCCAGAGGACACAUGCUGCAGCUGCUGCCUCGCCCCUGAUCCUUUCCCCUGCAUUCCUCAUGUUGCAUUUCACGUCAGUUUCUCGGGCGGUGUAGCUGCCGCCGCCAGAGGAGCAGUCAGGAUAUUGCUCUGCUCGUUCAUCCAGCCACACUUUGCUUUUCCAUUUUUUUUUCCUUUCCUCCCCAUUUCCUUCUCCCUUAUCCCACCGGCUUUGCAUCUGUCUCCCGAUCCUGUGACCCCCUCCUGCCUCCAUCCACCGGGGCUAUGGCCGCAGAAGAGGUAUUGCAGACUGUGGACCAUUAUAAGGCUGAAAUAGAGAGGCUGACCAAGGAGCUCACAGAGACGACCCACGAGAAGAUCCAGGCUGCUGAGUACGGGUUGGUGGUCUUGGAAGAGAAGCUGACCCUCAAGCAGCAGUAUGACGAGCUGGAGGCUGAGUAUGACAGCCUCAAACAGGAGCUGGAGCAGCUGAAAGAGGCUUUUGGCCAGUCCUUCUCCAUCCACCGGAAAGUUGCUGAGGAUGGAGAGACCAGGGAGGAGACGCUUCUUCAGGAGUCCGCCUCGAAGGAAGCUUACUAUCUGGGCAAGAUCUUGGAGAUGCAGAACGAACUGAAGCAGAGCCGGGCUGUGGUCACUAACGUGCAGGCAGAGAAUGAGAGGCUCACCGCCGUGGUGCAGGACCUGAAAGAGAACAAUGAAAUGGUGGAGCUGCAGAGAAUACGGAUGAAGGAUGAGAUUCGAGAGUACAAAUUCCGAGAGGCCCGCCUCCUUCAGGACUAUACUGAACUGGAAGAAGAAAACAUAACGCUGCAGAAACUUGUGUCCACGUUAAAGCAGAACCAGGUCGAAUACGAAGGCUUAAAGCACGAGAUUAAGCGAUUUGAGGAGGAGACGGUGCUGCUGAACAGCCAGCUGGAAGAUGCCAUUCGGCUGAAGGAGAUCGCUGAGCACCAGCUGGAAGAAGCCCUGGAGACCUUGAAAAAUGAAAGGGAGCAGAAGAACAACCUGCGGAAAGAGCUCUCCCAGUACAUCAGUCUCAACGACAACCACAUCAGCAUCUCGGUGGAUGGGCUCAAGUUUGCCGAGGACGGAAGUGAACCGAACAAUGACGACAAAAUGAACGGGCACAUCCAUGCGCCCCUUGUGAAACUGAACGGAGACUAUCGGACUCCCGCUUUAAGGAAAGGAGAGUCUCUGCACCCGGUUUCUGACUUAUUCAGUGAGCUGAACAUUUCAGAAAUACAGAAACUGAAGCAGCAGCUUAUGCAGGUGGAGCGGGAAAAGGCCAUUCUUUUGGCCAAUCUCCAGGAGUCACAGACACAGCUGGAGCACACCAAGGGGGCGCUGACAGAGCAGCACGAACGGGUGCACCGGCUCACAGAGCACGUGAAUGCCAUGAGGGGCCUACAGAGCAGCAAGGAGCUUAAGCCUGAGCAAGAUGGGGAGAAGGGCCGGGACUCAGGAGAGGAGGCGCAUGACUAUGAGGUGGACAUCAAUGGCUUAGAGAUCCUUGAGUGCAAAUACAGGGUGGCAGUAACUGAGGUGAUUGAUUUGAAAGCUGAAAUUAAAGCCUUAAAGGAGAAAUACAAUAAAUCUGUGGAAAACUAUACUGAAGAGAAGACCAAGUAUGAGAGUAAGAUCCAAAUGUACGAUGAGCAGGUAACAAGCCUUGAGAAGUCCACCAAGGAGAGUGGAGAGAAGAUGGCCCAUAUGGAGAAGGAAUUGCAAAAGAUGACCAGCAUAGCCAACGAAAAUCACAAUACCCUUAAUACAGCCCAGGAUGAGUUGGUGACAUUCAGUGAGGAGCUAGCUCAGCUUUACCACCACGUGUGUCUGUGUAAUAAUGAAACCCCCAACAGGGUCAUGCUGGACUACUAUAGGCAAAGCAGAGUUACCCGUAGUGGCAGCCUGAAAGGGCCCGAUGAUCCCAGGGGACUUCUGUCUCCCCGGUUAGCCAGGCGGGGUGCGUCAUCCCCGGUAGAAACAAGGACCUCCUCUGAACCAGUUACAAAAGAAAACACAGAGGCCAGCAAAGAACCAAGUCCAACCAAGACCCCCACCAUCUCUCCUGUUAUUACUGCCCCACCAUCAUCGCCAGUAUUAGAUACCAGUGACAUCCGCAAAGAGCCAAUGAACAUCUACAACCUUAAUGCCAUUAUCCGGGACCAAAUCAAGCAUCUGCAGAAAGCUGUAGACCGGUCCCUGCAACUGUCUCGUCAAAGAGCAGCGGCACGGGAGCUGACCCCCAUGCUUGAUAAAGACAAGGAAGCCUUAAUGGAAGAGUUCCUCAAGCUCAAGUCCCUGCUGAGCACCAAACGGGAGCAGAUCGCCACGCUGCGGGCAGUGCUGAAGGCCAACAAGCAGACAGCUGAGGUGGCCCUCGCUAAUCUCAAGAACAAAUACGAAAAUGAGAAAGCAAUGGUGACUGAAACGAUGACAAAACUUAGAAAUGAACUGAAGGCUUUGAAAGAAGAUGCAGCAACUUUCUCAUCCCUGAGAGCCAUGUUUGCAACAAGAUGUGAUGAAUAUGUCACGCAGUUGGAUGAGAUGCAGAGACAGUUAGCAGCAGCAGAGGACGAGAAGAAGACUCUAAAUACUUUGUUAAGAAUGGCUAUCCAGCAAAAACUCGCCCUGACCCAGCGGCUGGAGGACUUAGAGUUUGACCAUGAGCAGUCCCGACGCAGCAAAGGCAAAUUUGGAAAGAGCAAGAUCGGCAGCCCUAAAAUUGUCAGCAGCCUGCUGCCUCCGUACCGCCACAGUGCUCACAACUAGCCGGGAGGCAAGACUGCCCGACUGUCAGUCCUGACCCAGCUCUCCCUGACGAGCAGCCACAUUCCAGCUCCCAGUGCGCCCCUCUCCACUGUCUCUCCAAGCCUCCUCACCCCUAGUCUCCAUCUCUCAUGCACGAACCUCUGGGGUGAACGUUUUGUAGCCACACACGGGAUACUGCCCAAGAUCCAACUGGUGUUUUCUUCUCGGUUGUUAGAGGUGUGAUGGCAGCAAUGCCCAUCACUUUGGAAGAUGAAAGAAAGUUAAGAAGAAUAACACAAAGCACAGACUCCGGCGUGAUAAAACGUUUUGUGGUUUCUCUAACUCACAGAUAAACUUCUGCAAUGAAAUGGCUACAGUUCAGUUGAAUAAUAAACAAAACGAAACUGGACACAUGUAUCUCAGAUGACUGGCUUUAUCUCAAUAACACAGAGACCUGAGACCGUGUAAAAUACAUGUAUUGUACAACCAUCUUUCCUCACCUGUCACAUUCGGCGAUAGAAGUUGAUUCCAGUAUUUUCCAUCAUUGAUAUUUAUUUUGUACUUUAUUUGCCACAUGAGUUAUGUUUAUAAAAAUAAUUUCUGAGAGAGGUUAAACUUAAUUCAUUUAUUUUUAAAUAAACAUAAUUUGCUCUGUUCAGUUUUAUUAUAGUUUGAAAUCUGGAAUUGGCCAGACUGUGGUCAUUUUUCUUGCACAAAAUAAUAAAUGAGGUGCAUCGGAAUGUUAACAAUAACUGUAUUUUGCUGCUACACUGAUAUUGUUUAUGCACUUACCUUUCUAAUCAGUAGCUAAUUAAGUGCUGGAUUUUUUUUUAACUAGAAUUCUUCACUGGACAUUAUUGAGUAAAUCUAAGAAAGAGACUAUGUUAUGAUUCAUUGACUUAUUCAACUUUGAUGGCAUCUUUAAUUUUUUUAAAAAAAUUGCAGGCAGGUAGAUGUACUGGUGCUGCUCCUGUGUGUGUGUGUGUGUGUGUGUGUGUGUGUGUGUGUGUGUGUGAUGAUGUUAAAGGAGGCUAAAUAACAUGAAGGGAAAACAUGGUGUGUUUAUUUAAUGACCAGAAUUUUUUUUUUACUCCUCCCAAAUUCAGGGUCCUAUUAUAAGUCUUUCCUGCUAAAAAGUAUCAAGUACAAAUGGGAAAAUAUAUCCAUAGAUAGAUGUAAGUUAGCCUUUGGUUAAUGAAUUUACCUAGAAAGUGUUCAACUUUUGAUUAAAAUUGUGUGUUUUGUUGUUGUUAGUUUUUUUCAUAAUGAAUCUUCCUUGCCAAAAAAACAAUAGGUAAUAAACCUUAGCUCAUUGUCUACUUUUGACAAACACUCAGGUGCCUACUAUCAUAUUAUACAUCUUGAAAUAACAUGUGUUCCUAGCUCAUCCACAAAUCCUGCUGGAUAACUCUCAUGACUUGGUUUAAGGCAGUCUGUUUUCAUAGCAAAAUUUACUUUGCACAUAAUCUGACAAACAAGGAAAACAGCUAAUUGAGCUGAAAGGUCUAACACUCCUGGGCUCCUUAACGACCAAGAACUGCCCACACAAUUGCUCCUAGCCCUGAUUCCUUGUCUAGUCAGGUAGCCUUAACUUAUUUAAAAUCAUAACGGUUUGACCUUUUCAUGUAACAAUAUCUGUAACUUCUCUUUAAAACAAAAACGAUCCUCACUGUUAACACAAAAGAUAGUUUACUAUACAGGGCUCUCACCAGGUUUGAGCCAUCCAGUACGGGCCACUCAGCUCACAGAGUGGCAGUGGGUGGGACGUAAGGGAAUGGUGCAUCACAGAGGGCGGCCAGGGGCUCAGUCAUAACGUGCAGGAGCUUUAUCAGUCACAUACCUGUUAAGUACUGGUCACUAUUACCAAAGCAACCAAGAGGUUUUUAGUUUCUUAUAUGAGUGCUAUUUUCAACAGUGUCAUUUAUUAUGCAACUUGAAGUAGUUAGAAAUCUUUACCAUAAGAAACAAAUCUUCAUAAAGUCUUGGUCAUGACAGCCUAACCUCCCAUUCUUUCCCACCUGCAUGUCCUCGCUGUUCCUAAACACUUGCUUCAUUUCAUUGGUGUUGUAUCUGCCCUGUACCAGUGUUAGCAAGGCAGUGUGGAUUAUAGUAGAGUUCAAUGAAAGGAUGCUGCCCCAUACCCCUGCUCUUUCUUUUUUCUUUUUGUUAUUUCUUUUCUAAGCAUUGUGUUUGGGCCUGAGAAGUGGUAUAGCUGCAAAGUUGGCUUUUAAUAAAAACUUUGUGCCUGAGGGAAAAAACACCGUUUUUAAAGUACCUCAGAACAUCUUCCUAUGUUGCCUCAUCAGUUUUGUUGGUGGUGCAGGGAUUUAGCAAUAAGGAUCGCCUCUGAGUAACUAUAGAGCAGUAGCUCUACUGGACAGCGCAGCAUUGCAUUUUUGCUCCUUCCCUCUAGUUAUGACCCCGUGAAGGGUUGAGUCACAGGCAACACAUUUGUUUCUUCCAAUGUAAAGUUUAUCAAGUCUCCUGUAUACUAAUUUUACUUCGGUUCCUUUAUAUUAACAGAGUGGGAAGUGUUUGUUUGAAAAUAUCAAUUCUAUAAAAAUGUUCAUUUUAGCAAAACUUUGCCAAGAAGGUGUAGAAAUUAGGAAAUAAAUCUGUAAUUUUCAGCACAAAAUUAGGAAAUAGUCCCUAGGCAGUAAGAAAGAAUUCUAUGUAUUUAAACUGUGACAUCAUUUAGCAUAGUUUAAACUGAGCCUUAUCCAUGUUUAUUUAUAGGCAUUUAAAAUGAAUAAAUAUGUAUAGCACUGAUGAAAAAAAAUCAGUACCUGUAAAGAACAUGAGUAUUCAAAAGGAAAUUGAAAAAUUGAAGAACUGGUGAAAAUUAAAAAGAACAAACUGCAGUGAGACUGGUUGGAGAGAGAUGUGGGGGGAAAGACUACAGAAACACAAAAACACUGGCGAAUUAAUUCAGACACGGGGAGGGAGGUAACUGGCAAGCUCGGUUAGUGGAGUGACCAGGUAAUUUUUUUAAAUGUAAGCACAAUUACCAUACUGAAAAGGACAGCAUGCAGAAAUGCUUUCCUACUGAGGAUUUUUCUCCGUUAAAAGAUAAAAUCAGAAGAGCAAUACAUUGUCUUUGGCCUGAGUGCGCAGGAGCAUACAGGACCCUCAGAUUAAUCUAAUCAGUUCAUGAAUCAUCAGGUCCCUUUCAUCCAACUCUGUUUCAAUGAGACGAAUUUGGAUAACUUUGAGAAACCAAAGUUAUUAAUUAAGAAAAGGCCUAUUCAGAAAGAUUAUCCUUUAGCCCAAGGAGGAAGUGGUACACUAUUGAUCUUCAAGAAAAUGUAGCCAAUGAUAGAUAUCAGCUAUAGACAUCAUUAUUAAAACUAGACUAAGAAAAAUAAAGCCUUCAGUGUAAAGGAUUUAUAUUAACUGUAGGAAAGAGAUUCUUGACAGAGGGAAAUUAAUUAUCAAAAUUAAUCAUCAUAAUAACUUUUUUAAAUACUGGUUGUCUGUCCAGUAACUUAAGUGGCAAUAUAUCUUAAUAUAUUAUAAUUCUAGGAUGUCAUAAUCCUAUGAUUCUUUUUAUUUCAGAUUUUAAAAUAAGUUAUUCAGUUUAGUCAUAAAAUAUUUUAUUCCUUGAAAGUAGGAUAGCAAUCUUAAUUUUUCCAACAUAUUUGGCAAAAAAAACAAACAAACCUGGAUUGUUGGUAUUUUUCCUUGCAGCUAUAUUACAUAUCUUUAAAGUUGUCCAGAAUGUAGUGAUUUUACUAUAAAAAGCCUCAAUUUUCAGAGUCUAAAAAAAGAAAAAUACAUGUCCUCAGGAAUACUUUAGAAAUAGGUUUGCAAUCCCUUAGGGAGUAAAUGCCUCUCAAACUUGAUCUUUUCUUAAAGGAAUCUCCAAUUCACAAUAUUUGCUUUCCCAUGCUUUUGGAAACAUUUGUGUGCAGAUAGUCCUUCUGUUUCAAACAAGCAGUAAAUGUUGGUCAAAUAACCCCCUUAUUGAACAUUUCCUGAUAUUCUGCAUUAAGUAAAAUCUUCUACAGCACUCAAGUGGUAAUGACAAAAUAAGAAAAUGAGAAAGUAAAAUAUAUUUUCUACUGUGAUAAGAAGGGCAAGUUUGCUGUAUAAUUGUUACAUUCAAUCAGACAAAAGACAGUCUAUCUCAGAAAGACACAUGAAGGGAAGCCGAUGGGUUUGCAGUAAGCAGCCCUGCUGGUUGCACCCCAGGGGGCCAAAAGUGCAGUGAUACUGUAGCUAUAAAGUAGGACCAGGUUCAAAGGAACUCUUAGGAUCGACUUCACAAUUUUGAGAUUGUCCUACAAACUUUUCUGUUGAUAAACCAGAGUGGUUUUAAAAUAGUCCUUGUAUUUAAGAUUGCAAAUUUACAAGAAUAUGUUUCUAAGUAAAGGGAACAUAAUUCUUCAAAAAGCUGUUGAACUGGAGUUGUGACAGGUCAUAUGAUCAGUGCUGAUACUGACAUAAUUUUUACCUUAGAAUUAAUUUCUGUGGACGUACACGACCAGCCUAGCUCCUGAACGACCUUUUCCAUUGUGUGUAAGGAUGCCCCCCGAUGAGCUGUCUGUAACUGAAUUCAUCUUUUUUUAAAUGCCACUGGUCAACUGCCAUUGCCCCUGAUGUAUUUCAUUGGUAGCCUGAUUCCCUUAUUUAACAUCUGAAAGAUUUCUUUUAGACAUUGCUUCCAUUCUUUUUAUUAAAAGUAUAAUUGAAAAAUAUAUUUAGUAUUAAAAUUAUGUUCCUCUAGCAAGGAUUUUCCAGAAAUCUACUUACAAAAAAAAGAGCAGCAAUUAACUGCCUUUAGUGUAAGGGUGCGAGUGCAUAAAAGUAUGCUGUGUAAAAUGUUUGCAUGAGAUACUUCGCAUCAUGUAAGCUUUCCCAUAUUCAUGAUAUAAACAGUGUAGAAAUCUUAUUUCUUGUGAUUUCUCCAUUAGGAAUGUAAAGAGAUUGUUCCCUAUAUCUGGUCUCCUUUCCAUAUUGAAAUGCAUGGCUCUCAUCCUCAGUAUAUUUUUAUCCCUUUCCUCUGGAGUUAUUUAAAAUUUGUCCUGUUUAAACUGAAACCUAGAUAAACUACUGAGCCAGAUCAUUUCUGCAUUUGGUGUUUAAUUGCUAUACAACAUUGGUUGAGACCACAUUUUUAUUUUAACUUCUUUUCUUUCAGAAUUAUUCUCUGAUCAUUAUGGUUCUCUAAUGAAAACACUAAGGAGAAAAUCUGAUGCAUUCCGGUGUGACUGUUUUUUCUUUUUUAAAAGCCUUUUUAAAAUAAAGGUUGGAGAACUAUAAAGAAAAAUGUCAUCAUUUUGCUAACAAGUCAUUAUUUGGUGAUAGUGGAGGUAGAGAAUGAAUCAUUUUGUUUGGGUUCAUGGUAUGAUUGUGCACCAAAGCAUAGAGGAAGUAAAUGAUUUUUAAUAUUAUUGUCAAAAAAUUAUUAAACUGGAUGGUUUGAUGUUAGUCAAUUAAACAAUUCUUUGAAAAUCUUGUCAUGACAUUUUUAUGAUCUACUCAGUGUUUUAUUUGCAUAGUUAUACAUAUGUGAGAAACCAUAGGUGAUUCUGAUAUUGUAUUUCUUUUCAGGAUUAACAUUUGUGUAAUGUGUGGCAAACUCCAAUUUGUAUACCAUAUGAUUACUGUAAUUUUACUGGUAUUUCCACCUUUAAUUGCAAUUCUGUUACCAUGCCUCUGGGUUCAAUGGUGUGAAGCAUUUCCACAUAAUGCCAAUAUUGUAUGAAAACAACUGGAAGACUGACCUAAGAAACUCUUUUGUUGCUAAUUAUUUUUAAAAAUCUAAAUUUCAAAGGGAAAUUGUUCUCAAAGACAUAUGCAUUUAUUUUAAAUUCAAAAAAUUCUCCUGAAUUUAUUAUUGCUUGUCCUUUUUCAUUUUUUUUUUAUUGUAGACAAUCCUAAAUGAAUGUCUCAUGGGAGAAUCCAUGUAUGUGCUUGCAUUUCUGUAACCUGAUCAUGCACUCAGCGGUUGGAAAAGGUCUCCAGUGCUAAGAAAAUAACCGAAGCCAAUAUAUUAAUUCUUAUAUCUUGGUUUAUGUUACCAACUGGAUAUGAUGUAAUGCAUAACUGUUCCCAGCAAAUAAACUGGUUAUCUUUUGUUCAUUUCA